AUGUCGAGUGUAAUGCGGAGCGUGAAGAACGUGACCAAGGGGUACUCGUCGGUGCAGGUGAAGGUGCGCAAUGCGACAAGCAACGACCCAUGGGGACCGACCGGCGGCGAUAUGGCGGACAUUGCCAAAAUCACAUACAACAGCUCAACGGAUUUCUACGAGGUCAUGGAUAUGCUUGACAAGCGACUUAACGACAAGGGCAAGAACUGGCGGCAUGUGCUCAAGUCGUUAAAAGUACUGGACUAUUGUUUGCACGAGGGCUCGGAAUUGGUCGUGACAUGGGCGCGGAAGAACAUCUAUAUUAUCAAGACCCUGCGGGAGUUCAUCUACCUGGACGAUGAGAGCAGGGACGUGGGCGCGAGCAUCCGACAUUCCGCAAAGGAGCUCACUUCACUCAUCCUGGACGAGGAGAGACUACGCGCCGAGCGUACGAAUCGCGGGGCCUGGAAGUCGCGGGUGACUGGACUGGACGACAUGGGCCUUGGCUACUCUCCCUCGGAACAACCGACACGCCGCCCACGCCAGAUGCGACCACAGAGAGAGGACGAGGACGAUCUUGAAUACCGGUUGGCCAUUGAGGCAUCGAAGAACGAGGCAGAGGCGGAUGCGGCACGUAGAGCCACUUCAUCCGGCGGCGGGGGCGGCGGCGAGAACGACGACGACCUCGCCAAGGCAAUCAAACUUUCGAAGGAAGAAGAGGAACUUCGACAGCGUGAGCUAGAAGAUCAGAACCAGGCCAACCUUUUGUUUGACGAUGCACCCACGGAGCAAGUUCCACAGCCUACGGGCUCCAAUCAGGGCUAUCAGCAGCAGUCCCAGGUCGAUUGGUUCGGCAACCCUAUCCAGCAGCAGCAACCUCAGUCUACCGGCUUCCUCAACAAUGCCUAUAGCCAACCAACAGGACAGUUCCAGAAUGGUUACGGAGGUGGAUACGGCUACAACCAACCUCAACAGACUGGCUAUGAUCCAAUGCAGCAGCCGGCGCAGCAGUUUAUCCAGCCACAAAACACGUACAACCCCUGGGCACAGCAAAUGCAACAGCAGCAACCCACGAACGGCUUCGGCAAUCAGCAGCAACCUCAGCAAGAACAACAACCUGCUGCGCAAGCCGGCUCAAACAACCCGUGGGCCUCGAACCAGACCGCUUCACCAAUUGGCGCCCAACCCACCGGUUCCAACAACCCCUUCGCUACCCACCGACCCGCUGCUCAAUCUUCAUUCUCUCAAGCACCAACCCUCUCCACGCUCGCCGAACAACAAGCGACCUCCGACUUCUCCCGCCGUCCCAACCCCAUCUCAUCCUUCUCGACCCCUGGCCCCGCUCCCGGCCCCAUCAGCACCCCAUCGCCGGUCCACCAACAACAGCAACAAGCCCCCCGCUUCCCCUCCUCACUCUCCCAACAACAAACCGCCCAACCCCCACAAGACCCCUACCAAGCCAAACUCAACGCCCUCCUGUCCUCCGGCGAAGGCCAAGACACCUUCGGCAACACCGGCGACAUGCGCAUUCCAGCCCAACACACCGCGCCCGGCACUUUCGUCAACUCCGCCGGUGCGGGCUCGAUGGGUCGGUUGGAAGCGAGCAAGACGGGUAACAACCCGUUCUUCUCGCAGAACACGGCAGCGCAGCAGCAGUUCCCCGCGCAGACGGGGCCGGCGAUGGGUUUUGGGGGCAAUGCGAAUCCGUUUGGCAGUCGGGCGCCGGGGCAGCAGGCACAGCAGCAGCAGGGGUAUGGAGGGUAUGGACAGCAGCAGGGGCAGCAGGGGGGUGGGAGUUUGAUUGAUUUGUAG